AUGUCCCCACCGCCUUACGACCUCUCAUUCUCGUCGCCUCCAUCAGAUGAGGGCACCCACGCCACUGGGAACCUCGAGGCAGAACAGCAGCGCCCCUCAAACGCAACUGCGAACCUGGAGACAGAGAGACAGCGGGCCACCUACCAGAUGGCAACGAACGUCUUGGCUCAGGCGGAGGCAACAUACACAUUUCUCAAGUGGCAGGAACAGCUUAACAAGGAACUGCAGAAUUCCAAUGAGGCUCUCCAGGAAGCCAACGCCCAACUUGAAUCAAGAGUCGAGCACCUGGAAUCACAAUCCCAGAACCAGCAGGAGAAGUACAACAAGCUCGAAGACCGCUACCUUGACCUCAACGAACGGACCAACUGGUUGCAGGAACUGCUCGACCGGCUCGUCAGCGACCGUGACCGAGUCAGUCGGUCAAACAGCCCGAUGCGCAGUGUGCCAAGCCCUCGCAUCAUUGUACCAAUGCCCAGGCGCGACCCCGUCCCUUCUAGGCCGGCCUCUUCACUCGGCCCCUCCCCUGUCCUUCACCCUCCCGCUAGCUUUAGCACUGACGAUUUCCUUCGCCCUCCCCCUGCCGAUGGCCUCGCGCAUCCCAGCUCGUCGACAAGUUCGUCGACCUCCCUUUCCCGUCCAACCUUUACCCCUCCUAGCUCGUCAUACCAUGAGCGGCCCUGGACGAGCUCCUCGCCGCCGCGCCAACGCGUAAGGCUGAACCAGGAUACUCAUCCGUCCUCUCCGCCAAUGGGUCUGCAAGGUGACAACAACGAGGCGUGA